UUCUAGAUUUGCUAUUUAAGAUAUAUAUAUAUUCUCCUUGGGACUGCUUGUUGACUUUUGAAUUUGAGUGAAAAGCACCACUGAAUUUUUGGAAUGUGCAUAGUUAUGUGCUUGUUGAAGCUGGACUCUUUUUUAUGGCAGUAAUUGUUGCAAUGCUGAAAGCUACUGAGUACAGUAGAAGCUAUAGUGAAAAUAAACUCUGCGUAAUUUUGUGCCUGAAUAUCCAUGCCUUUGGCUUAUGGUUUAUAAAGAGAAUCUUCUAAGGCUCUCACUUAAUUUAUUGUCUGUGGAUUUUGUUUGCAAGUAGAAACUUUCCUCUUCAACAUAGGAAAUGGCUUUUCUUGUUCGUUGUUACGCCAAUUGUCUGCAGCCAUGGGCCUCAAAACUUCCAGCAGACCUCACAAAGAUGCACCUCACAGAUGGUCAACAUCCACAGGUGACUCAUGUCCCCUCAAGCCAGUCUGGCUGCAGUAUUGCCAGUGAUUCUGGGAGUAGCAGUUUAUCUGACAUCUACCAGGCUACUGAAAGUGAGAUGGGAGAUGUAGAUUUAACUGGUCUUCCAGAAGCACCAGUAGAUUCUGAAGAUGAUGAGAAAGAAGAUGAAGACAUUGAUAGAACUUCAGAUCCUCUGCUGGGGCGAGAUGUUGUACGGGAAUGCCUUGAAAAAGAACCUGCUGACAAAACAGAUGAUGAUAUUGAACAAUUGCUGGAAUUCAUGCAUCAGCUUCCAGCAUUUGCAAACAUGACUAUGUCUGUGAGACGAGAACUGUGCUCAGUGAUGAUAUUUGAAGUGGUGGAACAAGCAGGAGCCAUCAUACUUGAAGAUGGACAGGAAUUGGAUUCAUGGUAUGUUAUUUUAAAUGGCACUGUGGAAAUCACCCAUCCAGAUGGCAAAACAGAAAAUCUUUGUAUGGGAAAUAGUUUCGGAAUUACACCCUCACUGGAAAAGCAAUACAUGAAUGGUGUGGUUAGGACCAAAGUAGAUGACUGCCAGUUUGUGUGUAUAGCACAGCAAGACUAUUGGCGAAUUCUGAACCAUGUAGAAAAAAAUACACACAAAGUUGAAGAAGAAGGAGAAAUUGUUAUGGUAAAAGAGCACAGGGAACUGGAUCGUAGUGGAACAAGGAAGGGGCACAUUGUCAUUAAGGCAACACCUGAACGUCUCAUUAUGCAUUUAAUAGAAGAACACUCUAUUGUGGAUCCGACAUACAUUGAAGACUUUCUGUUAACGUAUAGAACAUUUUUGUCAAGCCCUCUGGAAGUUGGGGACAAACUCUUGGAGUGGUUUCAAGUAGACAGUCUCAGGGACAAGGUUACUCGAGUUGUACUGCUAUGGGUGAACAACCAUUUUAAUGAUUUUGAAGGAGAUCCAGCGAUGACAAGAUUUCUGGAAGAAUUUGAGAAAAACCUGGAAAAUGCGAAAAUGAAGGGGCACCUCAGGUUACUUAAUAUUGCCUGUGCAGCCAAGGCAAAGUGGCGACAGAUCACAUUGCAGAAACCUUCUCGAGAUUCCCCACUUCACUUCAGCCUCCUUGGAGGAAGCGAAAAAGGGUUUGGUAUCUUUGUAGAGACAGUGGACGCUGGAAGCAAAGCAGCAGAAGCUGGGCUUAAACGUGGUGACCAGGUGAUGGAAGUAAAUGGACAAAACUUUGAAAACAUUACAUUUGCAAAAGCUGCUGAAAUUUUGAGGAACAAUACUCAUCUUUCCAUCACUGUGAAAACAAAUAUUUUUGUGUUCAAAGAGCUGCUUAAUAGGAUAGGGCAAGAGAAGAACGGCAUUCCACAUAUUCCCAAAAUAGCAGAAAAGAAGAAUAAUCGCUAUUCCAUCCCAGAUAUUCCUGGAGAUGUGGAACAGAUGUUUCCACGUGAGAAAGGAACCAAGAAAAUGAAAGCAAACACUGUGUCUGGUGGAAGAAACAGAAUCAAGAAGAUUUUAGACAAGACACGAUUCAGCAUCUUACCUCCAAAACUAUUUAGUGAUGGCAGUGUGAGCCAGUCUCAGGAUGACAGUAUUGUGGGCACAAGGCAAUGUAGGCACAGUUUGGCCAUUAUGCCUAUUCCUGGCACACUUUCAUCCAGCAGUCCUGAUCUCUUGCAGCCCACAACCAGCAUGUUGGAUUUUUCUAAUCCUUCAGCAAUUGGUUUUUACUACAUUCCAGAUCAAGUUAUAAGAGUUUUCAAAGCUGAUCAACAGAGUUGUUACAUUAUUAUUAGCAAAGACACUACAGCAAAAGAAGUUGUAAGCCAUGCAGUGCAUGAAUUCAAUUUGACAGGAGCACCAGAGACAUAUUCUCUCUGUGAGGUUUCUGUGAGUUCUGAAGGAGUUAUCAAGCAGAGAAGGCUUCCCGAUCAAUUCUCAAAGUUAGCAGACCGAAUUCAGCUCAACGGGAGAUAUUACCUUAAAAAUAAUAUGGAAACAGAGACUCUUUGCUCAGAUGAAGAUGCUCAAGAAUUGCUCAGAGAAAGCCAGAUUUCCCUCUUACAGCUGAGCACUAUUGAGGUGGCUACUCAGCUGUCAAUGAGAGAUUUUGAAUUAUUUCGGAACAUUGAACCUACUGAAUAUAUAGAUGACCUUUAUAAGCUUGAAUCUAAAACCGGGAAUGCUAAUCUCAAACAAUUUGAGGAUGUUAUUAAUCAAGAGACAUUUUGGGUUGCCACAGAAAUUUUAUCUGAACCAAAUCAACUGAAGAGGAUGAAGAUCAUAAAACAUUUUAUAAAAAUUGCUCUUCACUGUCGAGAGUGCAAGAAUUUCAACUCUAUGUUUGCUGUUAUAAGUGGUCUUAAUCUGGCACCUGUAGCUCGACUCAGAGGAACCUGGGAAAAAUUGCCAAGCAAGUAUGAGAAGCACCUCCGAGACCUUCAAGAUCUUUUUGAUCCAUCCAGAAACAUGGCAAAGUAUCGCAACAUCCUUAGCAGUCAGAGCAUGCAACCUCCUAUUAUUCCACUCUUUCCUGUUGUCAAGAAAGAUAUUACAUUUCUGCAUGAAGGAAAUGAUUCAAAGGUGGAUGGCUUGGUAAAUUUUGAGAAGCUCAGAAUGAUUGCCAAAGAGAUUCGUCAAGUGAUCAGAAUGACUUCUGCUAACAUGGAUCCUGCUGUGAUGUUCAGACAAAGGAAGAAGAGGUGGAGGAGUUUGGGGUCACUGAGCCAGGGCAGCACAAACUCAAACAUGCUGGACGUUCAAGGAGGCGCGCACAAAAAACGUGCACGACGCAGUUCGCUGCUGAAUGCAAAAAAAUUGUAUGAGGAUGCUCAGAUGGCCAGAAAAGUCAAGCAGUACUUGUCCAAUCUGAAUGUGGAAGCAGAUGAAGAAAAAUUCCAGAUCAUGUCCCUUCAGUGUGAACCUGCAUACAGCACUUUGACAAAAAAUUUAAGUGACAGGCGAGGUACAAAAACUGUAGAAAUGUCUCCAAUGCCUCUGAGAUCAAGUGGUCAAACCACAAAAGCUUAUUUGCAUCAGCAAAACCGAAUGAGUCAAGUCCUUCAAGUUCCGGCUGUAAAUUUGUAUCCCAUUAAGAAAAAAGGACCAGCAAAAGACCAUGUCACAUUUAAUGCAAGUUCUCCUCAGAAAUCAGUGAGUUUGCUUGAAGAAGCAAAUAGUAAAAAACAAGCAGAAGACAGUAUUUCUGUGGCAUCUUCAUUGCAUUCCAGUCCUCCUGCUUCUCCUCAAGGUUCUCCACGCAAAGUUGGUAACCCCCAGAGAUCUGAUAACUGCAGUCAGAUUAAUCUCUCUGGUUCUUCUUCAUCUCUUGCAAGCGAAACAAGUAACAAGAACAGUGGACAACGCAGCUAUGGAAUAGGGUAUGCCCUGAUACCAUCCGCCAAAUCUGAAAAUUUCUCCGAUUCAAGCCACAGUGAGAUCUCUUCCCGAUCCAGCAUUGUGAGCAACUGUUCUGCCGACUCUAUGUCUGCAGCCCUUCAGGAUGAGAGGUGUUUGCCUCCGGCAGCAGUGGUGGUGGAUUCAGCAACAGAAAGGAAAGAGCACCUUCAACCGUCCUCUGAAUACAGUCAGCCUUGCCCUGGUUGGCUGCUGUCUAGGCCUCCAGUGAUCCGAGGGUUGCCCGUCCCAUCUUCCAUGAGUACGGAGGAAAUUUCCCAUGAGCACAUCACUAUAGAAACGGCAGAUAGCGGUCGUGGAAGCUGGACCUCUUGCUCAAGUAGCUCUCAUGAUAACUUCCAAAAUAUCCAGAACCAGAAGAGCUGGGACCUCUUGACUUCUUAUCGUCACACUCACCUAGAUAGGGCCAUAGCUGAAGUGGAACCAUCCAGCUGCUGCCCCGAAGAGGCCCAGUUGCAGUCCCAUGGCCACUCAAACAGCAGCAGGCAAAUAAAAACUGGUGUGGAGUUUGACCAGGCCCGGCAAAGCUGGGCUUCGUCGAGUUCUCAGUCAGAUACCCAGGAAGCCAACUAUGGGACAAUAAAACGAAGAGGACUCGACAGCUUAACAGCAGAAUCAGCUGAGGUUUUGGACUCCAAAACAGGCAGUGACACAACGUACAAAACUGUGACUUCGAGUACAGAACGAGGCCUCAUAGUGUACUGUGUCACCUCACCUAAGGAAGACAAUAGGUAUAGGGAGCCACCUCCCACCCCACCAGGAUAUAUGGGGAUUUCUUUAGCGGACAUAAAGGAAGGAUCACCUCACCACCCACACCUAAAACCUCCAGACUAUAGUGUGGCGGUGCAGAGGUCAAAGAUGCUGCAUCAUAGCAAGCUCUCUAGGCUCUCCUCCACUCCUCUGAGUAGCGAACCAGUGGCCUGUUUUCCAAAGAAGAUGCCUCAGUGGCAUAGCCGACAGCCGGCCCGUCCCAAACUAGCAGAUAUGACUGACGCAAAUAGUGAAGAGGAUGAAGAUGAACAAGUAUCAGCCGUCUAGCCUUUGAGCUUCCUGUGAAAAUUGCCUCAAGUCAUGAUAACGUCACAAGAAGAAAUCAUAAAAUACUGUUAGCUGUAGCUGACAGCUUGCUGCUAUUGACUUCAAAAUGUUGCAUUUGCCUCUCUUCGGAAUAGUAUGGUGAACUUCUGUAAAUCAUAAUCUUGAACUGCCGAGAUCCUUUCUGCAGCCUGAGAAAAUUAUUUAUAGCUGAAAGAGACAGACAACUCAUUCUAAGGAAUACUGACCCUGUAUCCCAGAAACCAAUAUCCAGAAGGACUUAACCUUUUAAAACACUGGGGCCACCUUGGGAACAUUCUUCUUGUAGAAAACUCUGUUGCAUCAUUUGUUAGACUUGGCUCAAAUAUUUUCUAUAUGACCAUUAUGGUUCUUGGUUGAAGAAUGUUAUUUUAUGUACUUACAGAAACUACAAAACUUCAGCAAAACCAAGGAAAAUUCUGCAGCUAUCUGAAGAGUAAUUUAUUACUUUGGAGUUUAUGUAAGGUUUCUGUUUGUUUGUUUGUUUAUAUGUUUAUUGGAAUGCUCUGGUUGGCUAAUGUGAAUGCUUUUACAAAGAAAAUAAGGUAACAAAUUACUUAGGUGUUAGUGAAAUGUCUUAGGCAAAGCAAAACACACCAGACGUCCAAGGAACUGGAUGCUCAUGCCUAUUUUGUAAAAUGCCAAGCCUCUAAGGUGUGUGUAAAGUGUGCUUUAAUAUGCCUACAGUAAUGGAAUACUGCCAUCUGUUGGUCCUGUAUUUUAAGCCUAGUAAAGUACAUGUGACCAUCCUUUCAACUAUCAAGCGAUUAAGGAAGUAUCUGCAGUUCUUUUCUCUCCCAUUUCCUGUCCUUCAGCUGAACUGACUCGUGGUGUGUUUUAUAUGUUGUACAGCGCUAUCUUGGGAAGAACCUGCCAGGUGCAAGUCCCACCAAACAAAAACAAAACUGAAAGAAGCACAAGGAGAUAUCCACUCGUUAUGAAUUGUGCCACGGGUUUUGGAACUUUCUUUUUUUUUUCCAGCGAGGCUUGCCCUGGGGAAGUGCCCUCAAGUUAUGCUCCUCAGGAGCAAACCUCAGGUGUGUGAAACUUGGAAGUAGAACCACAGAAUUUGGGAAUGUUAAACUUUGGUUCUUUUCCUUAUAAGAACCAUAACCUUGCAAUUCUUGGGCACUUUUCCCUUUUCCAAGUUGGGGUUACUUGCUCUCCCAUGUGACCAGAUGCACUCUCCACUCAUGAGUUCGUACCAUCCAGACUAAGUCCUUGAGAAUGGGUUGGUGGCUAAGCCCCAACAGGACCUAGUUCCCAUGAAGAUCUGUGCGUCACCUGUGAGACUUUUCUACAGCCACAUGAAGAAGGAAUGAAACAAAGCUUAUCAAAUGACUUACAGCCAUUGAGAAAGUUGAAUAUUUGCACUGCGGACUACUAUAAAUGUACCCUUUGCCCUGCAGCCAUUUGUAUUUCAGCUUCUAGACCAUCCCAGAUCGUUUCCUAAACAUAUUGAAUACUUGAGGUAUAGGGUCUUUGCAUAUCAAUUGAUCUAACCUGAAAGAGCCUGUAAAAUGAAGAAAUACCCCUCCUUAAGACCCCAGUUGAGAUUCUAUCUGUGGUGAAAACAAAAUUGAGAGAUAGGCAGAGAUUAGGGCUACAUCAGCUCUGGGCUUUGGAGGAACUUUGAAGCCACUCAAGUGCCUCAGAAACCCUAACUUGACUGCAAAAUCUAGUCUUCUCCCCUGCACCAUUCUUGGGUGCUGGGUCUCAGACAUGGCCUGAAACAAUGAUUUUUGAAGCAUCUCUGGACCCCAGCAAAAUUGCAGACAUUUCUGGUUUUGAAAUACGUUCUGCUGUAUGUAUAAGAUGCUCUGAUGCCUAGUGUUUCUUUAGAGAUAAGAUCUCAAUUUGCCUGAAGUUGACACAAUUAUCAAGAUAACUGUUUGCAAAAAGUUGUGGCCCACCGGUUCUUAUGUAUUAUAUAUACUUUGUAUAUAAACAUACUUUGCACACAUAUUAUGCAAAGAAAAGGGACAAAACAAAGUAUUGUUUGUUUACAGUGAAGCUGGGUUGAGAUUGAGAUUUACAUAGCCAACCAGAGUACAUGGAGAAAAACUGGAUUUAUCUGCAUUUAGUUUCUUCCUCUAGUGCAUAAUGAUGGCCCACUCAAACAUUAUAAAUAGAUACGAAUGUGUCAAUGUAUAUUUUGAGUUUACUUGUAGAUCUCAGUAUCGCAAAUGUUUACAAUCUAAGCUAGAAGGAAGAUGUUUGUCAGUUUUAAAGGUGCCUCAGAGUAACUGAUUUUAUAUGCUUAGAGUUAUAAAGAGCUUUCAGAUUUUCUUUUGUGUGAGGCAAGUGCAGCAUAUUCUGGUAGAAUCCAAACAAGUACCGAAAAGAGAAUGAAGCCGUAAGACCUUCUAUGUUCAUGAUCCAUAUUGGCUUAAGUGAAUGCUGUCCAACCAGAGACUAUCCUGUGGCAAACCAGAAAAUGAUUGAAAGUGGUGAAGAAGCUACCUAAUUCAUAAUUUAAUUGGCUUACCAGGGUAACACUCAAGCCUUAAGUGUCAGGAAUAAGUAGCUGAGACAUCUGGCUGCUCCUUUUCUUCCUUUCAAGGCCUUAAUGAAAGCAGUCCCCAGAAUUGAGUAAUAGUACAACCCGAUUCAGCUUGGCAUCUAUGGUUUCAGCAUAUGUAAUAAUGUUGACAUGGGCUCAAUCCACAACUAAAUUUCUCUGCCCAAAUUCCAUUUAUUAGAAGGUCUACCAUCAUGCAGCUUCUGUUGAUUUCAUGAAGAACUACAUAGGGGUGGUUUCCUGAUUUAUAUCAUAAGACACAAUCUUAGAAUGCCAUAAUGGAGCAGGGAAGAAACCCACCCAUAGCCAGAUGUGGCAUUAACAUUUCUUACUGCAGCAAACACCCAGCAGAAUGGACAAACUGCUAUUCUGUUUAAAUCUGAAGGUUGCCUGGAAAUCAGUGGAUGGGUUGAAGUAAGAACGUUUGUUCCUCUAGCUCCUCAUGUUCUUCUCAACAGGUAUUCUAGAGAUCUCUGACAGCCUUUCUUGCCAAAACCAAGCUUGUAAACCUCAAGCCUUAUUUACCAGCAAGUUGGGCCCAAGUGUAGUAUCAAGUGGUGCAUAUGUUCUACCUUAACAGAAAUUGCAAACAUACAAUAUGGUGCUUGGGGCCAAUGUUGUAAUGGAAUGUCUCAGUAACCUCAAAUAUUUGUUCCAGCUUACAAGAAAAGAAUACUAAAGGAUCAAAGCCUUUCCCCAUGAGGUAAUACUUUUUUGUUUUAUAAAGCCUGAUGCUCUUUACGAUUUACAUCCUCAACAAAUCUCAAGUCUGCUCUGCUCACCUCGCGUUCUCGAAGGCUUUCACGGCUUGGAUCCAAUGAUUGUUGUGAGUUUUUUGGGCUCCAGAACAUGGCCAAAUAACCUGAAAAACCCACAAGAACCAUCUGCUCACCUCAUUUGAAGUUCAUUGAGCCAGCCUUUUGUUGUCAGUUUACCCUCUGAAAUUUAUUGCUUUCCUUUCCACAGCAUCAGUAACAUUCAGGUUUUUUAGAACAUUGGUUUUAAAAACUGAUGUAUGUCUUGUUCAUCAUUUUGUAUAUAGAGCCUGUAUUGUAAAUAUGCUCUGGAUAAGUGAGCUUUUUUAACUGCUUCAUAUUUGCACAGUGUGGGUUGCCCCAAUCUAUCCGUGCCCUGAUCUAUAUUUAUUUAUUUGCUUUGCUUUUUAAAAAUGAAACAUCAGCCGAUCACAUUGAUCAGGGACGUUGGCCAAGAUGCAACCAGGCUUAGAUACACAGAAUCACUGAUUACUAACUCAUUUUCUAUGCUGUGUACAUAUUGUGGAAAUCAGAAUGUAUCUGUAGCAUCCCAGUUAUGUUCUGUGCUCUUCUUUUUUCCUCUCCCCCUCCCCACUUUUUAUUCUUGGUCAUUUAUCCAAGUCUAGCAUCCAUCAUGGGGUUUUGGUCACCUUCUCUCUGUGUACAUCAUUUAUGCAAUAUAUUGUGAAGAGAAAGUCUCAAACAAAACUGGCUACCUCUCUUUAAAGCUCACUAGGGAUCUUUUAGAAACAUCAGACAUAGAGAUAGUAUAGGUGUUUGCCUCUUCAUUUUUACAUGAAUAGAGCAUAGAGCACAGACACAGUUCUGACUCCUGUCCUCUGAAGAUGCUGGCCACAGAGACUGGUGAAAUGUUAGGAAGAAAAACCUUAAGAAC